AGACAGACAAAGUGUGGUCCAACUCAAAAACCCCUAUUCCUUGUUAAAGAUCAAAGGCCCAGACAGACUGAAGAGUCCCACAGACUUCCGCACAGUUCAACCCGGUCGGGUCCUCUCAGUUCUCAAUGAAUUCAAGUUCAACCCGGCUCGCCAGAAGAACCAUCACCACAUCAUGGUCUUUGAUCCCAAGAUCAACCGCUGUGGUUGGCCGUGGUGGGCCCAGCACUAGGUCGGCCUCGUCUUCCUCUUCGUCUUCGUCACCGUCACCGCCACAAUCAAAUAAAUCUUCUAAGACAGAGAAGAAGCUGGUCGACCGUUUAUCCGCCGUCAUAGACGCCGUCAAUGACCGGAAACUUCCCCCUGAGCUUCGCGGCCAGCGCAACGCCGUCAGAUCAGAGACUGAUAUAAUAAAUGUAGUGGAGCAAAGAAUAUGGCACUCCAUGGAAGAAGGGCAGUUUGAGAACCUACCUGGUAAAGGAAAGCCCCUUAACCUUUCUACCAAUCCUCAUGCAGACCCAGCAGAAGACACCUUGUAUAGAAUCCUCUCCCAGAAUGGGUGUGCACCGGAGUGGGUUCAACUUAACAAAGAAAUAAGGACUCAAAUAUCUGAGUGGCGAGCCGCGUUGAAGAAAGCUUGGGCAAAAACAAGCAAUGGAGAUAAUUCUAAUUGGAUUCAAACUUCAGAGCCCUUAAAAGUGCAAAUGCGAGAGAUUAAUAGCAAGGUUUUACGCUAUAACCUUAUUGUUCCUUUUGGCCGCCAAAUGUGUGGACUAAAGUGGGAGAAAGAGAUGGAUCGUGUAAAUGAAUGAUCUCUCUGCCCAAUGUUUAAGCUCGAGUUGGAGGAGACGAAUCACUUGAAUGAACUUGCACUCAGUCAAUAAUUUUAGUUAAGGCUAGAGCUAUAUUGCAACUUGUAGAGAAAAUAAGCUUGGAAUCCUCUUUUAUUUUUAUUUAUUUUUUCUGAUUGCUG